GUGUUUGAAGGAGACUCGGACGGCGAGGGUACAGAGAUUGGCCAGAUCAUCAAGCACUGGGGUGGAUGUCGAGAGGUUUUCGGCGGGGCCAACGACUUCAGUGUCAAAUUCCCUCAAGGCAUGGAUCUCAUGAAGAAAAUGCUGCUGUUUGGCGCCACCUUCCUCAUAGACUUCAACUACUUUGAGUACCGCGGAAACAAUGGCUAAGAUAUUGUCGCAUGACCUUCAGUUUCUUCUUGACCUUUGGCAUUGACAGCUGACCUUCGACUUUCACUUCGUAGCCAGCAGGAACAACAACAAUAAAAAUUACAACUUGUUCACUUUUGUCUAUCCGCAUUUAAAGAAAUUUAGCUCCUUUAUUAAAAUGCAAAUAUACGUGUAACUUUUCACCCUACAGUCAGCCAGUGACCAAACAAAAGUAUUUCUGAAAAUAUCUUGAUCCAGUAAUUAGAAAGAGUCUUUGUUUGGGCCCUAUAUUAAACAGAGCCCUUAAGGUGUGUCCACUGGAUUGCUACAAUAAAUGGUUUAUGGUAACCUAGCCAACAAAUUGCUGUUUUUGAGACUGCGACACCACCCUGCCACCCCAUUCCAGAAUGAUCACACAGACGACACCCCCCCCCAUAGUAUCUAGGUGUCACCACUCUAACCUCAAAAAGUACUCAACCAUCUGUUGGGCCGUGUUUUAUAGCGAUGCAGUAAAAUAUGGUGUUGAUGAAAAUAGGCCAACUUGUUUUUUUAUUAAGGUGUAUGGUAUAGAUUGCCUAUGCUUUUUUUUUAACCCACUUUAGACUAAGAUCUAAGAAAAUGUGUCUGAACCUUAUUCUACAGUGGCCUUCAUUAACACUUUGCCGUCACAUCUCGCCCAUCAACAAGAACGCCGAACUUCCGCUCCCGUCGCAAAACGCAGAUCAGCGAUGUUUAUCUUCCAAUUUCUUUGGAUUUCCCCCAAAAUGCUUGUGAUGGCAUGGGUUUUUUACUAUAUGAACCUUGUGAUGGCAAAGUGUUAAUGGGCCUUUAUAUUCUGUUGGUCGUCGAACUUUUAAGAGCUGCGUGCACAGAUCUCAGAAGAUUAAACAGAGUGAUUUGUUUUUAUCCUUUUUUUUAGUCCCGGGUAGAUGAAAGUGAACAAGCUAUUGUAUCUAUUCGUAACAAUAACUACACUAAUCCCCCCUCCCCCCCCCCCCCACCCCAUUUAUUUGUAAUGGUUCUAACCUCGCUUGCUCUUUUUAAUGGUUCUAUUAUUUCAGUCGUCUUUUGUUUUAUGUUUUUAUUGUGUGUCAGUUUGGUUGGUAUGAUGUUAUUUUUGUGCCGGAACUAGAAGUGACUAUUUAUCAACAAAUUUUAUGGUAUUUGUGUCUUCACUGGUCAGUGGCCUCUCGUAUUUUAAGUAUUCUGGUCUUAUGGCAUUACAAUAUUGGCAGGCCCGGAAAAAUGUUAAGUGAAACCAGGAAAGGGUUGAAGAAAUUUGUUGCAUAUAUUUUUCUGUAUUUAUCGAAGAACUUAUAACUGAAACCUGUUUUUCUUGUUCAGGUUUUUUGUGAUGCUCAAAUUUUUCUACUUGUUUUUAAUGGUGUUGUUGUUUUCUUUCUAAUAAGGCACAAGUUGAGAUGUAGGGAUUCGUUUACGGAUAUCCAUCUGUGAAUUAUUUCUCAUUAAUAACAUGUGAAUUGUAAUGGCUAAGCACAAAUGGCCUUACUUUAAUCUUGGAAAAACUAACAUUCUCAGUACUUUGACGUGAGGAGCAUUAUGGUAAAAUUUGGUGAGUGCUCCCAAGUUGAGUAUGCAAGGAAAUAAUGGUGUCGCAAGUAGUCCACUUAAAUCCAAGUUUUGAGAAUGUUCAGUUUUUACUUGUACAUCCUCCCAAAACUCGAUCAGAGAUGUUCCUUGCAACAUCACCAAAAUGCAGUUUAAUACUGUGGCCAAGGCUUGCAAUUUUCUUUCUUUUCAUGAUUCCCUAUGGGAACGACACAGCAUAAUCUAGUGUUUUGUCUCUGAAGUAAAAAAAAAA